AUCUGAUCUUUCUCAGUCCAGUAUGGCAGUAAGAGCUACGUUUCAGUUUGGCAUGAAAAAUACCCUCGUUGUCCUCGUCGUAGUGAUCUCCGGCUUCCCCGCCGUUUUCGAGUUUUUUGCUGAAGGAAUCCAGAACGACCCGGGUCGAGUUUUUGCGUUUUAACCCCGGUAUUGUGAAAAGCAUUCGUAAAAGUCAUGCUUUUUUACCAAACACGAAGCCCACGACCGUUUCACAGCAUAGUCCUAAUGCCUAGCGUACUACUGUUGCUACACCCAGAACAAUUUUGGUUCUCACACCAAAAGGUUGCGUAAAAGUGUUCACACGGCUUUCUUUCCUGAUGUGUCUUUACUUUUUCUAAGUGAGAUAUAGUUUGGAAUUGUGUAGCAGAGUGAGUGUGAGUGAAUCUGAAGCUGGCAUUGUGUAUUGGAGUCGAGUACAUGAUUAUGAGGAGCGUCUGGGUACGGAAAGGUCCAGAUCUCUAUGUGGGCGUGGGCCAUACUUCUUACGGUGUACCUAGAAACAUGGCUGAAAUUAUGUCGAGAAAUAUAGCGCCGGGAAGACUCCUGUCAACAUGUAGUGCGAGCGUCUGAAAGAUGUUGCGGGCAUUGAUCGCCUCAGAAGGGCCCGGCACCGGACGGUCGCGCGGUUCCGCCUCACGAAGGUUGUCACGACGCCACCUGAUGAAGAGGAGAAAAGUGGAGGCGUUUCUUUUGCGGCGCGUUUCGCGGUUUGCUCGGUGUUCGCGGCUUUCUAAUGUGCGGGUGCGAGUUUGUCUUGUCCCAGCCAAGGACCUACGCGAAGCGAGCGCGCGGGGAGCACAUGGCCUACGUGGUGACAGAGAGCGCGCCUAUUUUUCGGGAUGUCGCAGACCUUGUCCGCGACAUUCUAGAUCUAGAAGAAGUGGCUCCGUUACAGGAUUCGUAGAACAGGCAGCGCGACUACUGCAGGACUUUGCGGGCGUUUCGCACUACGUAUAUGAGGAGAUGAACGAGAGCCGCCGGCGCCGCCCGUGCUGUGAAAGCGCGCCCGCGCGCGCUGCGCCCCUGCUUUCCACCUCCCCGCCCCGAGGGCGAGCGCGCGGCACACUGCGCGCGAGCGCAGCGCCGAGGC